AUGGCAGUUUACAUCUUAGCUGAUAUGUACGAUGCGGCAGGAUUGUUGGAGAGAGCAAGGGGAGAUUUUCGCUAUGACCUGACUAAGGUUGGCCUCGAUUAUGGCCUGUGGGUUGCUGACCUCGAAGAAGAAGAAGAGAAGGAGGAAGUAGAAGAAGAAGAAGAAGAACAACAAUUCACAGCCCGAGUAAGAAUACUUAGAAGAAGAGAAGAGAAACUUAUGUGUUCUGUGAUCUCGGAAAUCUACAACUCGCCUGGACACAUCGAUCCCCUCAAAGCCGACACCGUCGAGCUCUUCGAUAGAAGCUUUGCAGAAAUGCUACAAGGACCUAACGCAGACCUCGGGAGAACAGCCAUGCUACAGCUGCCUGAAUUCUCUUUGGAUAUGAUGGUCUCACUUGCCGCAUACCGCAGAUUCUGA